GUGAUUCGACACAUAUGGAUUGAUUUUUGACAUUUCCUUUUACUUCAAUUUCCAAUACAAUAUUGAUACUGUAUUGUGCCGUGUGUUAAGCGACGAGCUUAGUGCAUGCAAGUUGUCCUCGUGACCUUCUUCACCUUGAAAGGAAUACCUAAUCGCUGAACAGUACCCAUUCACAAAAAUGGCAAAUUUACGAAUCACGAUAAAUUCAAAUUUGACUUCAAAACUUAUGAAAUGUUUAAAUAAAAGAAGUUUUUCUACAAGUAGGACCUUAAGUGCACAGCCUAUGACGGUUAGAGACGCUUUAAAUUCAGCCCUCGAUGAGGAGAUGCAGAAGGAUGAGCGAGUAUUUAUUCUAGGUGAAGAAGUUGCACAGUAUGACGGUGCAUACAAAGUAACGAGAGGUCUCUGGAAGAAGUACGGAGAUAAACGUGUUAUAGACACUCCAAUUACAGAAAUGGGAUUUGCAGGUAUUGCAGUGGGAGCGGCUAUGGCAGGUCUGAAACCUGUUUGCGAAUUUAUGACCUUUAAUUUUGCAAUGCAAGCUAUCGACCAUGUUAUAAAUUCUGCUGCGAAGACAUUUUAUAUGUCUGCCGGAAGAGUAAAUGUGCCGAUAGUUUUUCGUGGCCCUAAUGGUGCCGCAGCUGGAGUAGCCGCUCAGCAUUCUCAGUGCUACGGAGCAUGGUAUGCACACUGCCCAGGUCUGAAAGUGGUAUCUCCUUACACAUCAGAAGAUUGCAAAGGUCUUCUGAAGGCCGCCAUUCGAGAUCCAGAUCCUGUUGUAUUUUUAGAAAACGAAUUACUUUACGGUGUUCAGUUUCCUAUGUCUGAUGAGGCAUUGUCGAACGACUUUACCAUUCCAAUUGGCAAAGCGAAAGUUGAAAGAUCCGGAAAUCACGUCACUCUUGUAGCACAUUCUAAGGCGGUCGACCUUUGUUUAAUAGCAGCAACUGAAUUAGCCGGUAAAGGCAUAGAAGCAGAAGUUAUUAAUUUAAGAUCGUUAAGGCCAUUAGACAUUGAUACUAUAACCUCUUCUGUAGUUAAAACAAACCAUCUAAUUAGUGUCGAACAAGGUUGGCCCACUUGUGGAGUUGGAUCUGAAGUUUUAGCAAGAGUAAUGGAAUCUGAGGCAUUCUUCCAUCUUGAUCAGCCUGCUAUUCGAAUAACUGGUGUAGAUGCCCCCAUGCCAUACACUAAGUCUCUUGAAAAUGCCGCUCUCCCACAAGCAAGUGACAUCGUAACAGCAGUGAAAAAGAUAUUAAAAGCUCAAUAAUUCUAGCGUAGUAAUUAAACAUAGUUUCCAUCGAAUAUGUAAUAUUGUGCAGAAUUGUCUAAUUAAACAAUGCUAAAAGUCUGCUUAUAGGUACAGUGGGAAAGUUAACUUCAAAUUAAAGCAUUUUAAAAAUGUAGGUAAUGUACAUAGAAAAACAGUUUGUACUAUUUAUUAUGUUAUUAAAUACAUUCGUGAUGCUGAUGUCCGACUGUUAUGUUAAUGUA